UUCUUCUCCAAAGAAUCAAUCGUCCAUUACAUCUCUCAUUCUUUCAUUUAUUUUUCUUCAAUCAAAACAACACAACGGUCCACACAUUAUUUAAUUCUCACAACUUGAACAUGAACAACAUGAUCUCUUCACUAGAUCACUCCCACACUUCCUUCACUUCAUCAUCAUUUUUCCUUCCCAAAACAACUCCACUUCAUAAACCUCAAUUCUACGGUCCGUCACUAAAAUCCGUCGCUAAAAUGUUGUUUUCUAGUACUGUCUCCCCAAAGCCACUUCACAUUUCCUCACUCGAAAACUUCUCAUUUUCCAAGAAAACGACCCGAGAAAAGAAAAACUUGUUAACAGUUUGCAAUGCUUACGAGGCUGACAGGUCAAGACCGCUCGACAUUAACAUUGAGCUGCCCGACGAAGAGGCGAAACAGAAGAUUAAAAUGGGAGUUUACUUCGCGACUUGGUGGGCUUUGAACGUUGUGUUUAAUAUUUAUAAUAAGAAGGUUUUGAAUGCUUUUCCUUAUCCAUGGCUCACUUCUACUCUCUCCCUGGCUUGCGGGUCUCUUAUGAUGCUCAUUUCUUGGGCUACAAGGCUUGCCGAUGCUCCCGAAACUGACUCUGAAUUCUGGAAAACUCUGCUUCCUGUUGCUGUGGCUCAUACGAUUGGUCAUGUGGCUGCUACUGUAAGUAUGUCUAAAGUUGCGGUUUCAUUCACACAUAUUAUCAAGAGUGGCGAACCGGCUUUUAGCGUCUUGGUUUCGAGGUUUCUGUUGGGCGAGACGUUUGCUUUACCGGUUUAUUUGUCACUUCUUCCAAUUAUUGGAGGUUGUGCUUUAUCAGCUUUCACUGAGCUCAAUUUCAACAUGACUGGGUUUAUGGGGGCUAUGAUAUCGAACUUGGCGUUUGUUUUUCGCAACAUUUUCUCGAAGAAGGGGAUGAAUGGGAAGUCUGUUAGUGGGAUGAAUUACUAUGCUUGUCUGUCUAUGUUGUCUCUGUUGAUUCUUACUCCUUUUGCAAUUGCUAUGGAGGGUCCUCAGAUGUGGGCUGCUGGAUGGCAAACUGCUGUUGCUCAAAUUGGACCUAAUUUUGUUUGGUGGGUGGCGGCUCAGAGCAUAUUCUAUCACUUAUACAAUCAAGUUUCGUAUAUGUCCCUUGAUCAGAUUUCUCCAUUGACAUUUAGCAUUGGAAACACGAUGAAGCGGAUAUCGGUUAUAGUCUCGUCUAUUAUCAUCUUCCACACCCCUGUCCAACCUGUCAAUGCCCUUGGAGCUGCCAUUGCAAUUCUUGGCACUUUCUUGUAUUCACAGGCGAAGCAGUGAAAGAGUCGGAUAUCUCCGAAGAUUUUUGACUGUAAACAUUAGAAGAUAGAAGAGUUCGGAAAUGAACGAACCAGUUUGUCCGGAAUGGUUAUUGAUGAUGGCAUUUGGACAGUCACACAGAGUUGCAUCUGAGUUUCUUUUGUCAUAAAGAGAAAAAGUGAUGCUUAAUAUAUCAUCCUACAAUUACUGAGGGCUAAUUAAGUUUAUAUUUUGCCUGUCAAUAAAGAGAAAUUGGAGAUCAUGUUAAUGCAUAAUUACAAUAAAAAAAGAUUUCAGAUUUUUUGAA